UAUUGUAUACAAAAUUGUAAUUUUAAAUUUCCUCACUUAAAAAUGUCAUCAAGGCUAGCUUUUAUGGCCUUAAGGUCAUUAUUAAGAUCCCGUAAUCAACUUGCACUUCUGAGACAAGUUCAAGUAGCAGAUAGUUCAAGUCUUGCGUCCAAACCAGUUCUGCUACCAAGAAGCCAACAACCAUUCACUAUCCACAAGUCUCUAGAGAUGACCCAAGCAACUACUCUGAGUCCUACUGAUGUACACCUGCGAGGACCUUGCCCCCCUCCACCACUGAAGUGCCCCCCACCUCCCUGCGCCUGUCCCCCACCACCUGAGGUAGUCACCAUGGGCCAGCGGAUGGUUAGACUCAUGUGGUUCCUGACCAAGCUAGGAGUGUACUUAGCCGUGGUCAAGUUCACCAUAGACGAGGGUCUCUGGGGCAAUAGUCAGGAGACUGAACAACUCGCACAAAGGAUAGGGUUGCUGUCUCAGGCAACCGGGGAGGAUAGUAAGGAGGCAAAAGAGGGUCAAGAUGGUAAAGGAAGCUCAUCAUCCCCCAAGGUGUUGUGGAACAAGUUGGUUUUGAAGGUUGGAGAAGUUAUUGGUCUGAAACCAUAACUUGACUCUAGUAAAUUAUAUACGUUUUGUUUUAAACUUUAUAAACUAUUUAAAAUCUAUAUUGCAUGUGAAAGGCUUGAAUAUAAUGAUUUAGUACAAAA